AUGAUGUCCACUUCACCUCAGUCGCAGCAGCCGGCCCAGCGGAGCUGCAAGAUUACGACGGCCCCCAUCGGGGAGCCCAUCACGGAAGAGCAAUUGAAGCUGAAGGAUCAUAUUACGCCCGACGAUGUGCUGCGAUUACGGCGCAUUACCGAGGGUGGGUCAUUAGGACGAGUGGGGAGGGGAAACUAAUUGUUUUUCCGGCAGGCAAUCAAGAGGGAAGUGGUCCAAGUGCAACCCUCAGAUUUUGAUGAAACUUGGGACAAAUUUAGAAUAAUUUUUUCUAAAAUUUAUGCGAGAUUCCUAGCUCGCGCUUUGCAGAAACAACCGAGAUUUUCAGAUCGAAAGUUGGCGAAAAUUUGGCACUUUUUGGUGAAUUUCGGCACAAAAAGUUUCAUGACUAUUUCUACCAAAGAGGGCAAUGUUUCCACAAAAAAUCAAUUUUUUCCGCGCGAAACUAGCAAAGUUAUGGCCAAAAAGUGUUUUUCUCUCUGACCGCUCUCCGCGUUUGGUGUACUCUCUCGGCGGCAAAGGUUGUUCAAUAUCUCGGCGGCGCUUGCAAAUUGCGAACUAAAACCCUCAGGAAAUAAUAUGUGGCCUAUGACCGACGUGUGAGCAAAAUUUAAAUAAAAUCUGAGCGUCGCACUCUAAAAAUCUCGGUUGUUUCUGCGAAAUGCGAGCUAGGAUUCUCGCAUAUAACUUAAAAAAAAAAUAUUCUAAAUUUGUGCCAAGUUUCUUUAAAAUCUGAGCGUCGCACUUGGGGAGACUUCCCUUCUCCUUGUAUGGGGAAAAAUUGAAUUAUACUCCCCGUACAAUGUUUUGACCCCCCUCCUAACUCCGUCCAAAGUGUACUAAUUCGGACCAAAUUUGGUAUGUAGUAUACUCACAGGCUAGUAACAAAAAAUAACAUAGCUGGACCUACCUUAUAGUUGAAUAUCAAAAUCUAGGGGCAAUUUUCAAAAAUCACCUUAAAAAAUCGAGGAAAAAGUUUUGACCCCCCUUAAAAAACUUUAGAUAUCGCCAACGGAUGCCACGCAAACUUAUUGUAAUCGACGUCCCAUACCUGAAUACAGGUUAAUAUAUGGUUUUCCGUUGAAUGCUUUGUUGCAUUUGAGUAUUCAACGCGUUAAACCGUUUUUGAUGUAGACCUGCCCAAAAUUGUAAAAAUCUUGCCCUAGCGCUUUCCUAGAGCUCUAAAUUGGGUUUAUAUUAUGUGCUUUAGACCUGUAUUUACCUUCUCCUUUCAAUAAAAGUGCAUGGUGGCCUGGCGGUGUAGAUUCGGCGGAUACCCUCUUGUCAUGCCCAGCCUUGGUGAGCCAUUUGCUCUUUGACUCAAGGUUGAGAUGUGGUCGUUAGGUCCUCAAUGUAAUCCUGAGACUCCUAGUUACUCUCAGUAAUGUAAAAUGUUUUGAUUUGACACGUUUUGUAAUGGGUUUCAUUCACCUUAAUCUUAAGUUUGCCGUUACUGUAGAUCACCCCGAGUACUAUUACAUCCCCACCUCCCAUUUGGCGUUUCAUACGUCUCAAAUGAGUAUGGUGGGUGCUGUAGCGUCUUAAAUUACCUGGUCCAUCAAAUGAAAGCCGUUUUUGGUGGCUAAAAAUCCAUUUGAAAAACGCGGGUUUUUCGUUAAGGUGCAGAUCGGCGAAGUUGCGCCUGCAAACCAUAUGAGACCGUGUCAGCCGGAGUUUAUUCUUUGUUUGAGAGUAACUAGGAGUCUCAGGAUUACACUGAGGACCUAACGACCACAUCUCAACCUUGAGUCAAAGAGCAAAUGGCUCACCAAGGCUGGGCAUGACAAGAGGGUAUCUGCCGAAUCUACACCGCCAGGCCACCAUGCACUUUUAUUGAAAGGAGAAGGUAAAUACAGGUCUAAAGCACAUAAUAUAAACCCAAUUUAGAGCUCUAGGAAAGCGCUAGGGCAAGAUUUUUACAAUUUUGGGCAGGUCUACAUCAAAAACGGUUUAACGCGUUGAAUACUCAAAUGCAACAAAGCAUUCAACGGAAAACCAUAUAUUAACCUGUAUUCAGGUAUGGGACGUCGAUUACAAUAAGUUUGCGUGGCAUCCGUUGGCGAUAUCUAAAGUUUUUUAAGGGGGGUCAAAACUUUUUCCUCGAUUUUUUAAGGUGAUUUUUGAAAAUUGCCCCUAGAUUUUGAUAUUCAACUAUAAGGUAGGUCCAGCUAUGUUAUUUUUUGUUACUAGCCUGUGAGUAUACUACAUACCAAAUUUGGUCCGAAUUAGUACACUUUGAACGGAGUUAGGAGGGGGGUCAAAACAUUGUACGGGGAGUAUAUCAGUCUGUCGGGAAAAUAACGGCGGAUCGUCGCGUCAAAAUGUCUUGCCUCGCCGCCAUUCCCAGCCGCGGUUUAAAGUCGCAAAGCGAUGAUGGGCGAUUCCGAGGCGCGACGAUCCGCCGUUAUUUUCCCGACAGACUAAUAUUGACUCAAAAUUUGAUCCCAACACGACCCACUUUCCAGGCUUUCUCUGCCGUUCCGAAGACAAUGUCUACGACAUUGAGUUCACGAAGUUCCGCAUCCGCGACAUUGACACCGACACAAUUCUGUUCGAGAUCAACAAGCCCACCCUGGAGGAGCUGAGUGCGCUCGAGGCCGAGGAAGACGAUGAAGCCGACCUCAAAGAGGAGGAAAAAACGGACGAGGCUCCGCCAUUCUCCCCGCGCUUCAUCCGCUAUUACUUUAAGCCUUCGUUUCUGCAGCUGAAGAACGUCGGCGCGACGAUGGAGUUCAGUGUUGGCGAUAUGCCGGUGAACAAGUUCCGCAUGAUCGAGCGCCACUACUUCCGCGAAACGCUGCUGAAGUCGUUCGAUUUUGAGUUCGGAUUCUGCAUCCCGCAUUCCAAGAACACCUGCGAACAUAUUUAUCAUAUUCCGCAGCUCAGCGACGAAAUGAGUGAGUCUUUUGUGGGAUAAUUGGGAUUUACUGUGUCAGCGGGGAGCUGGCAGAGUUCUUUGGCCAAUAUCUGGUUGAGGAGUGGAUCAAAAUGCUUUUUGGCCAAAAAAUGGGAAGUAAUUGAACAACCCACAUAGAAAUUAUUGUUUUUGAAUAUCCAGUGACCCUUUCUUCGGUAUAGAAGUUUUUUUAAACUAAUACGUCCUACGGCAAUCAGUAAACAUGUCCCUUUUUCAAUGGGACACCAGCAAAAGAGCAAAGCGUAUAAAAUUAUAGGUAGCAGUUCGCCGGAGAGUUUUUUGGUUAAAAAAACGUUAAUAUUCCGAAAAGGGGUCCCUGUGGAUCCCAAAAAUACAAUUCUUGUAUUUUUGCUCCUCUAUGUUACCAAGUUAUUGACAAAAGAAUUCUUCCAGGCCCGUCUCGCUGUCCACUUUUUCAUUUUUCGAAUGCAGUAGCUACAGUAGCCCGUUAACCCCAAAUUUUAUGGUUUGAGAUACCCCGCAGUUUACGUGGGCGAGCAUUAGUAAUCGGUUUGCUAUCUAUAAUAGACUGAUAGAAAAACGAUUACUAAUGCGCAAUUUCUCAAUCAAAAACUUUUGAUGACGCAAUUAAUGUGGCUGAUAAGCUCUUGAGUUAUCCUCAAAAUUUCAGUGAAAGAGAUGAUCCAGAACCCGUUCGAGACGCGCUCGGACAGCUUCUACUUCGUGGACGACCGACUCAUCAUGCACAAUAAGGCGGCAUACGCGUAUGACGCCAACGCCAUGUAG